GUGGAACCUCGAAACCCCGGCGACUCGGGGCCUGAGCGCGCGUCUCCCGGCGCGGGGUUCCUCCCACGCAGACCCUCAUUCAAACGAUGCCAAAGGGGCGGCGCGGCAGCCACAGCCCCACCAUGAGCCAGCGGUCGGCCCCGCCCCUCUAUUUCCCGUCCCUCUACGACCGCGGCAUCUCCUCGUCCCCGCUCAGCGACUUCAACAUCUGGAAGAAGCUCUUUGUACCGCUGAAGGCGGGCGGGGCGCCAGUGGGUGGGGCGGCGGGGGCCGGGUCCCUGCCCCAGGCGCCCCUCGCCCCGGCGCCCCCGCCCCCGCCACCACCCGGCCUGGGUCCCUCCGGCGAGCGCCCCUGGCCCUCGCCCUGGCCCCCCGGCCUGGCCUCCAUCCCCUACGAGCCUCUGCGCUUCUUCUGCUCGCCGCCGCCGGGGCCUGAGGUGGCUGCCUCGCCCCUGGCCCCCCGCCCCUCGACCCCCAGGCUCGCCUCUGCCUCUCACCCCGAGGAGCUGUGCGAGCUGGAGAUCCGGAUUAAGGAGCUGGAACUGCUCACCAUCACUGGGGACGGCUUCGACUCCCAGCGCUAUACAUUCCUGAAGGCGCUAAAAGACGAAAAGUUACAAGGACUGAAGACCAGGCAACCCGGAAAGAAGUCAGCCUCUCUCUCCUGAGGAGCUGCCCACCAGAGCUUGGGCAGCCACCUCCUUAGGUGUUAGUGCUUAGAUAAUGUGUCCCAUUUGUCAUUUCAAAGAUGGUUAUUUUCUGUUGUGUAUUUACCGCUGUUCUUGCUGCUACCAGCAUGUACUUCACAUACAGUGCCCGCUUUGCGUGGUAAA